AUGGAUUUCAACGAGAAAUACCGCAUGCUGAAUCUGACGCAGGCAUUGCCUCUGGAACUGGUCCUACAAAUCAUUGGCACCGUACUAGGAUACUGUAUUGUUACCUUGGUUGUCCCGAAUGGCCGUGCUUGGAUUCCACAAACCCACCUAUGGUCUAUCAUUGGGUUUCAAGUUGUGAAGAUGAUCUUCGUCAUCCUCACGAGUGGUCGUGACUCGAACCACAUUAUCUACGAAACUGCGCCCAAGGACCCCAAUUGGAUCUUCGUGGGCCCGGAAUUCCACGCUCUCCACCACGUCUACCCUGAUCGAUACAUGGGAUCUUUUGUCAAACUGUUUGACUGGGUAUGGGGCACCGCCUACUCCUUCCGAGGAAAACGCUUCGUGAUCACCGGUGGCGACGGAGCUUUCGGGCAGGCCAUGCGGCAAGAGCUAGAACGCGAAGGGGUGCAAAAUAUUCGCAACUUGAAAUUUGGAGAGGAUUGGGAUCAUGAACACUUUGAUAAAGCAGCCUCGGUGCUUUCGACUUGCGAUAUCCUCAUCCUAGCGCAUAGUUCCAAAGGAGACGAUGCAAUGAAGUCGAAUUGUGAUUCGGCCGUUCGACUAGUGGAGCUAUUCAAGCAACACAGAGAGAAAAACACAUCCAAACCAACUCUUCCUGAACUGUGGUAUGUGGGAAGUGAACUUGAAAUGCUCUCCGUUGGAAAUGCGGACUUACGACGCUUCUCUGACUCCAAACGACGCUUCCUGCCACACGCGCGUUCAUACUAUGAUGAUGCCGAUCUACUUUACCGUCACCUCGUGCCAUCUGCUUUGAUUUCCGCUGGUUGGGCGGCCAAGUGCUCAAUGUGGUGGAUCCGGAGAGGCGCUCGCUAUAUUCCUGUCUCGAGCACUGGGAUUGCCUAUCUAAAUUAUUUUAAGUUUAUGUAUUGGACUCCUUAUGAACAGGACCAGGUCAGAUUAUGA